AGGAAAGGAAAACCACAGGGUCGGUUACUGACAAAAAACUGCGUAUAAAAAGGUCGACUUGAAAUCCUAAAGAUAACAGGUUGGGUCUGCUGCUGCCGACAUGAUGCAUGCUUUACACAAAUGUCUGCUUUUUCAUCUCCUGACAUGUCUCGGACAAAAUGCACUUGGGAGUGAAAUCAUACAUGGUAAAAAAGUCCCGGACAAAUUGAUGCUGUAUAUGGCUUCGGUGCAGAUCAGCAAAGGUCAUACAUGCGGAGGAUUCCUUGUCAGUGAAGACUUUGUGGUCACUGCUGCGCACUGUGACGAAGAUGGACCUAUGAGUGUUGUUCUCGGCACCCACAAUCUCAAGAAGGUCAAUGACGCAAUGAGAUAUGAUGUGAAGAGAUGCAAAUACCCAAGUUAUGUGAACAUUACAAGUGGUGAUGACAUCAUGCUCCUCAAACUGUCUAGGAAAGCUCAACUGAACGACAAAGUACAAACAAUUCGACUUCCAAGGACUAACGAUAAAAUAAAGGAAAAACAAAAGUGUCGUGUAGCUGGGUGGGGUUGCAAUAAAAGAGGUGGUAAAGUUGUUGAUGUGCUGCAAGUGGCGGAGGUGCCAAUCGUUAAACUGGAGAUGUGCAAGAAACAAUGGAAAAAAACAAAAUUUGAUCUCCCGGCAAAUGUUACCUGUGCAGGUGGCCCAAACAAAGGAUUCUGUCAGGGAGACUCCGGGGGCCCUCUGGUGUGCAGUGGCACAGCAGUUGGUAUUGUAUCUUUCCAAAACAGUGUAGAAUAUGAACACCAAAGGUUACCCAACGUCUACACGGAUUUAUCUAAGUACCUUCACUGGAUCAAAGGGAUUCUAAAGAAAAAGAAUUGUUAAGUUGAAGCACAGGGUGGCCUACUUUUCUGCUACUGUGGCAGUAUUUCUGUGCCUGCUCUUUGCUCUCUCCGCUUUCUGAAAUGCAAAAUAAAGCUUCAAUUUCAUUCAUGUUUCACAAAUUUUAAGGGUAUGUUUGAUGUAGAAUACAUUGUUUCAUUUUUGUUAAGCAGAGCUGAAAAAAGUUAGCUCACUAUUAGCAGCCAAAAUUCAAUAGCUCAUGCACUGAGUGUUAAAGAUAAAUUUGCAAUGUCCUAUGAUAAAAAAAAACCAGUUAUGAAAUAGACAUUUGUUGAAUUGCUGUAAUAAACAUGCAAAGUGUAUAACAAGUAA